CAGAGGUUUCAAAGAAGAGACUUCACAUCCUGAUAGUCGGGCAUAGCUUUAUCUUCUGGGCAGUGCGCCAUGCUGUGAAAUCAUUGUGGGGAAGUAACUUAGGCCUUGGGCCUCAGCCCAACUGGAGUGUUUUGCAGUGGGAUGUGUUCCUACAUGCAGUUCCUCAUGGUCCUCAUUGCUGUCCCCCCCAAGAGAGGAGCAGAAAAUCCUUGGUUUUACGUAUUAUAGGAGAUUUGUCUCUGUUGAAAACCGAGCAUCCUUCGAUGAUCAUUUUUUGGUCCAAUAUAAUAUCUAGAGCGCAGUGGCAUGCAAAUUGCCCACUGCAGUGCAUCAAUACAGCACGCGGAUGAGUUAACCGUGAAGUUUCCCAGGCUGUCGAAGGGGGGAUUGGUACAGUUAUUGGACACCAUGACAUUAGUUUAACUAAGCCGGAGCUUUACAGGGUCGCAACUGUAAAUCACUCUUUGAAUGCCUCACAUGACUUGAAAAUCCUAUUAAAUUCAUCAUAAAUCCAAAGCAACCUGAUGGCACCUAACAAGCAAACAUUAUGGAACAGUGCUAUUCCCCAAAGAGUGACUCCCGGAACUACCUCAGAAGAUGAAGAUGACUCCAACUCCUUCUCUUCUCUGCAGUGCAUUUAAUAUCCAAGAAAGACCACAAUCAAGCAUAUUGAUGCUCUCAUCUUCCAUGAAAAACACAGAAUGAUUCAAGAAAAUGAUGUGGUCAACCAGUCUAUUGUGAAAGGAUUCUUACUGAUGGAAUUUUCCAGUGAUCACAGCCUACAAAUUAUGUAUUUUCUCAUAUUUCUUUCCAUUUACUUGAUUGCCCUGAUAGGAAAUUUCCUCAUUGUUGCAACAGUGGCUCUGAAUUACAGCCUUCACACCCCUAUGUACGGAUUUUUGGUGAAUUUAUCAAUAAUAGACAUUUGCUACAUCUCUACUAUUGUCCCAAAAAACUUGUCUGCUUCCUUAACAGGCAACAACCUGAUUUCUUUUUUUGGAUGUGUUGCUCAGAUUUUCUCAGUUAUGUUUUUCGCUGGUGCUGAGAUUUCCCUCCUCACUGUUAUGGCUUAUGACCGCUAUGUAGCCAUCUGUCACCCUCUGCAGUAUAAAGUGAUAAUGAACUGGAAAACAUGUAUGGAAAUGGUAUCUGCUUCAUGGUCAAUCAGUGUGAUCCAUGCAGUCCUAGAAACCACAGUCACCUUCACUUUAAGCUUCUGUGGGCCCAAUAUCCUUGAACAAAUUUUCUGUGAUGUCCCGUCAUUAUUAAAGAUUUCUUGCACUGAUACUCUUGUUAAUAACGUUAUUCUUAUUGUAAUUGGCAGCACUGUGAAUUUGUUUUGCAUUCUAUUCAUUUCUGUUUCCUAUGGCUACAUCUUCUCCACAGUACUUAGGAUCCCAGCAGAUCAAGGCAGGUAUAAAGUCUUCUCCACCUGCAUUCCUCACAUGGCCGUCUUCUCCCUAUUUGUCAUCACAGCUAUGUUUUCAUACAUGAAGCCUAGUGGACUGUCUUCUCACAUGUUUAAUUUGCUGUCUGGUGUUCUGUACACCAUUUUGCCACCUGUACUGAACCCCAUCAUUUAUUGCCUGCGGAAUAAGGAGAUUCAAGAAGCGAUGUGGAAAAUAUUAAAGAAGUAUAACUUUCCUACCAUAUUUUCCUAAAUUGUAAUGGAUAUAUUUUGGCUUUUUGCUAAAAUAUAUCCAUUACAAUAUCCUGCCCUUGUCUACUUCUUACUGUGCCUCGGUCAUCUAAAUUGUUGUUUCAGUUUUUGUGGAUGAGGAAGAGUCAAUUUCAUCUCCAGUUCUUCCUUCUUCCUUCUACAUCUUCCCACUACAAUGCUUGUACAACUGCAAAUGUUCAUUAUAUCAUUCUGCAUAUGGGAAAAGAGGUAGUGAGUGCAAGCUUUGGAAUGCUUUUUGAAAUGUUUCAAUAAAAACUCAUCCAUCCAACUUGCUUUCCAAAAAUGCUGAUUUUGUUCAUUCCUCAACCUGGUUUGAGUGUGAGUCACAGAUAUUUUAUGGAAGAGAUGUAAUAGACAAAACUGUAGUUUUGACCUAAAUAUUUUAUCUUGAAACUUUCGCAACACUUAUUUUUUGUCUUUGCUAAUUUUCUCCCUUACUGA